GGAGUGGAGGAGCGCAGGAGCGGCGGAGGCGAUCCCGCGAAUUCAUUACUGUAAACAUCUCCCGGGGGUGUCAGGAGGGGUGGGGGUGGGGGCCGCGGCGCCUACAUAGCCCGGCCGCGUCGGAUCCAGGCAGCAGUGAGGUCGGAGCAGCCUCCGGACCCACGCGGGACCGACGCAGCACAGAGAGCGAGCCCCGCGCAGCACCCCACUCCGGGCUCCGCGCGGUCGGCACCGGGGCGUCGGAGGCGCGCCCGCCCGGCUCUCCAGACGUCUCUCGGGGUCCUCCGUCUCAGAGGAGCCUCAGUACGACGGGGCAGAUUUCCACCGCCUUCCCCGCUCGUCCUCUUUCUUUCGGGACUCGUUGGCUCCGCGGAGGCGGAGAGGGGGAGGCAGAGGAGCAGAAGGGGCGGGGGCCGCGGCGGCCGGAGCCAAGAGAAAGUGGCAUGCCCGAGCCCUGGAGGCGGAGGUGGCGGAGGACGGGGGAAGACGAUGCCGCGGCUCCGUAGGGGAGAAAGGCGAGAGCGAGCGAGGCGAGUGGGGCGCCCGGGCGCCAGCCGGCUGCGGGGAGGCUCGCGCCGCUCUGAGGCUCCAGCCUCCGCAUCCCCGCGCCCCGACGCUGCAGGCGACAGGGCCGGGCUCCGGCAGCCGCCACCGUCGCCUCUGCCGCCACCCGGAGGACCGAGCAAAAGUUUGGAGCUGAGGGAGGACGCGGCGCUGAGCGGGAUUAACACCAGGGCUAGAAGGAUACCUCGAGAGCCUUUGCAGAUUGCAGAUUGAGCUUCACUGAGAAGUUCCCAGACUGCCCAACGCUGUUUUGACGAACAACGGAAGACGGGUGUUCUGCCUGCCCACCAGGCCCCCUGUUGACCGCUGAUAACUUGCCUUCAUUGCUCGCUGGUGUAGGAAAUUCUCUCUGUUGAAUUUUUAACAUCUUUUUUUGCACAUGGAGGACAACAGCAAGGAGGUCAACACAGGCUGGUAAGACCAGAGACCGCAGGAAGAUUCUUCUACCGUGGGCCUUUGGGACUUUUCCUCUAGUUGGAUUUCUGGACUCUGACAGAACUCCAUCCGGUCAUUUUGGAUUUGCCAUCUAUUUUUGGUUUUCGUUUCCCCACCACAUUGUAUUUGCUUUCUGUACUUCAGAAAUGGGCCUACAGACCACACAGUGGCCCAGCCAUGGGGCUUUUUUCCUGAAAUCUUGGCUUCUCAUUUCUCUGGGGCUCUCUUCACAAGUGUCAAAACUCCUGGCGUGCCCCAGCGUGUGCCGCUGUGACAGGAACUUUGUCUACUGUAACGAGCGAAGCUUGACCUCAGUGCCUCUUGGGAUCCCGGAGGGCGUAACCGUACUCUACCUCCACAACAACCAAAUUAAUAAUGCUGGAUUUCCUGCAGAACUGCACAACGUACAGUCGGUGCACACGGUCUACCUUUAUGGCAACCAACUGGAUGAAUUCCCCAUGAACCUUCCCAAGAAUGUUCGAGUUCUCCAUUUGCAGGAAAACAACAUUCAGACCAUUUCACGAGCAGCUCUUGCCCAGCUCUUGAAGCUUGAAGAGCUACACCUGGAUGACAACUCUAUAUCCACAGUGGGGGUGGAAGAUGGCGCCUUCCGGGAGGCCAUUAGUCUCAAGUUGUUGUUUCUAUCCAAGAAUCAUCUGAGCAGUGUACCUGUUGGGCUUCCUGUGGACUUGCAAGAGCUGAGAGUGGACGAAAAUCGAAUCGCUGUCAUAUCAGACAUGGCCUUUCAGAACCUCACGAGCUUGGAGCGUCUGAUCGUGGAUGGGAACCUCCUGACCAACAAAGGCAUUGCCGAGGGCACCUUCAGCCAUCUCACUAAGCUCAAGGAAUUUUCAAUUGUAAGGAAUUCUCUCUCCCACCCACCAUCUGACCUCCCAGGUACGCACCUGCUCCGGCUGUAUCUGCAGGACAACCAGAUAAAUCACAUCCCUUUGACAGCCUUCUCGAAUCUCCGUAAGCUGGAACGGCUGGAUAUAUCCAACAACCAGCUGCGCAUGUUGACUCAAGGGGUCUUUGACAAUCUCUCCAACCUGAAGCAACUCACUGCUCGGAAUAACCCCUGGUUUUGCGACUGCAGUAUUAAAUGGGUCACAGAAUGGCUCAAAUCCAUCCCUUCAUCUCUCAAUGUCCGAGGUUUUAUGUGCCAAGGCCCUGAGCAAGUCCGGGGGAUGGCUGUCAGGGAGUUGAAUAUGAAUCUCUUGUCCUGUCCCACCGUGACCCCCCGCCUGCCUGUCUUCACCUCAGCCCCUAGUACAGCGUCUCCUACAACUCAGCCUCCCACGCUGUCUGUCUUAACCCCGAGCAAAAGCUAUACGCCUCCAACUCCUACCACCUCCAAACUUCCCACAAUACCUGACUGGGAUGGCAGAGAAAGAGUGACCCCACCAAUUUCUGAACGGAUCCAGCUCUCUGUCCAUUUUGUGAAUGACACUUCCAUUCAAGUCAGCUGGCUGUCUCUCUUUACUGUGAUGGCAUACAAACUCACAUGGGUGAAAAUGGGCCACAGUUUAGUUGGAGGCAUUGUUCAAGAACGCAUAGUCAGUGGGGAAAAGCAACAUUUGAGCCUGGUUAAUUUGGAGCCCAGAUCCACGUAUCGGAUUUGUUUGGUGCCACUGGAUGCUUUUAACUACCGAGCUGUAGAAGACACCAUUUGUUCGGAGGCCACCACCCACGCCUCCUAUUUGAACAAUGGCAGCAACACUGCUUCCAGCCACGAGCAAACGACCUCCCACAGCAUGGGCUCCCCUUUUCUGCUGGCGGGCCUGAUCGGGGGUGCCGUGAUAUUUGUGCUCGUGGUCUUGCUCAGCGUCUUUUGCUGGCACAUGCACAAAAAGGGACGCUACACCUCCCAGAAGUGGAAAUAUAACCGAGGCCGGCGGAAAGAUGACUACUGUGAGGCAGGCACCAAGAAGGACAACUCCAUCCUGGAGAUGACAGAAACCAGCUUUCAGAUCGUCUCCUUAAAUAACGAUCAGCUCCUUAAAGGAGAUUUCAGACUGCAGCCCAUUUACACCCCAAAUGGGGGCAUUAAUUACACAGACUGCCACAUCACCAACAACAUGCGAUACUGCAACAGCAGUGUGCCAGACCUGGAGCACUGCCACACGUGACGGCCAAGGUCCGGUGUUACACAGGCGAACAGUAAAACUCCCAAGAACACACACGUGUGUGCACAUAGACACGCAAAUUACAUUUGAUAAAUGUUACCCAGAUGCAUUUGUGCAUUUGAAUACUCUGUAAUUUAUACGGUGUACUAUAUAAUGGGAUUUAAAAAAGUGCUAUCUUUUCUAUUUCAAGUUAAUUACAAACAGUUUUGUAACUCUUUGCUUUUUAAAUCUAAAAAAAAAAAUAGUUGCUGAAGUACUGUACAGGGUUGUACAAAGAGAACCCGAAGCCAAGGCAAAAGAACGAGUGAUUCUUCCUUAUGAUGCACAUUAACCACUUGGCUGUUGAAGCUGUCAAAAUGAAUUCUUUUUCUAGAGCUGGUGGUCAGAUGAAAGGGCAGAUGAAAGUGGAUUCAUCAGGGUAGGCUAAAUAAAAGGGGUCUAACAAAAAAUGACCCAGAUAUCUUCAUGCUAUUUCUAUACUUCCUGGUCAGGAAGAAAAGUAAAAAAAAAAAAAAAAAAAAGAAAAAGAAAAAAAAGAAAUCCAAAAUAUAUAAGAAUGGAGGUAGUUACCCUCAUUUGACCCAAAACAGGAAAUGGAGAAAGCAUCGCGAGGAAGUCAGUUCCUGUGAGAUAAGGUAACUCAGCUUGGCGGAAGCAAAAACACAAGACGAGUUUUGAAAAGACCCUUAAACCUGGGGGUUGGCAUUCUUGCCAGGAACUUAAAAAUCACUCUCAAUGCUUCCCUGGCGCUUUGUGAUAACAGAGGUAGAGACCUCAGUCUGAUUUUAGUCAUCUUCAGGGACAGGUAAAACGUCCCAGCAAGAAAAUUCCCUUUAAAAGUGUGACUAUUCAAAAUUAUAUGUCAGGUUGAAUCACAUUCAACAGAGAUAUAUUCUAGAAUACUUUUUUUAGAAGAUGCUAAUAAAAAUAAUGGGAAGAUUAUAUUGAAUGGAAUUAUUUUUGAUAAUGAGAAUUAUUUCUUUGGGUAGAUUCACUGCAGCUAUCUCAACAUGAUAUUUAGACCAACAAGGGAUCAAUGUUUGAAUAUAUUACAACAACUUGUUAUCAAUACCAUUUAGACAAAAGCAGGUGAUCACUGUUUCUGCUAUACUGUGUCAAUUGCCUUUGUUAGUAUCAUGUUGAAAUAGCUUGAAUUAAUACUGUUACCCCCUCACAAAUUCUUGUCUUCCAAUCACCCCACAUAUAUUUUCAUAAUUAGCUAUUUAUGCUGUUCGUUUUUCUCCCUCCCCUCCCUGUUCAAAAUUUGAAAGAGUAUUACGAUGCCAGUCUUGGUUGCACAAAAUAUUCAUGUAUACUUAUAUAAUUAAAAAUGUACAUUAAUUUUCACCACUAAAAUUCUGUUAAGGACACAUCAAACCUGGCCAAAAUAAGGUAUUUUUUUAAAGCAUCAUCGUUUUUCCCCCUUGGAUUGACAUUGAUUCUGUCCCCUUUUUUUUUUUUAAUUUUAUUUAUUCCUUUUCAAUCUUGGAUAUUUCUCUUCUUUGGGACUAGUGUAGGGAUGAUCACUCUUCUAUUAACAGGAUAACAGAUGAAAAAUGAACAAGUCAGACAGGGGUUGUUCCCUUAAUCUUGGCAGAGCUGGGCACAGAGCAGAGGGUGGAGCAGAGUAGAGAAGAGAGGGGAUAUUCAUGCUUCAGCCCAGAAGGCAUAUAUAAUUUACUCUUUUCCUUCCCUUAGAUUUAGAAGGGCUAUAGAUCGCAUAUGUUAUCUACAAAAUACACCCUUGGAAAGUUCUUUUCAUUAUCAGAUUUUGGCAUUUCACUCUAUGUUACAUAUUUCUUCUACCACCGGUUAUUGUUUAGGAACUCAUACAGUUAAUGUCAUGAUCAUUUUGUGCACUCACUCUCUCUCUCUCACACUCAAUUUAAAAAAAAAAUAGAACUGUGAUGUGUCUUAUUUGUAAAAUUUUAGGUAUAAAAUGCUAUGCAAGUUUUUCUUUAUAGUAAGAGCUUUAUUUUCUUUAAUAAUAGAGCCCCAACUUAUGUUUUAUUCUCCCUUAUCCCUCAGAAUAAGCAGAAAAUAAAAUUGAAGAUACAAUGCUCUAGACACAAGAAUUGAAACCGUGCAGUCAGUUGAGCCAAAAUUAACUAUGAAUUAAUUUCACUUAAUUCUACAGUGAUUUUGGUUUCCAUUUUAGUUGAUUAGCUAGUGAGUGUGGCUGUGGCUUUUCGGAGCUGGGUCCACGCAGUGAAGGGAUAAGACCAUCUGUGAAGGUGAUCGGCGAAGCAGUAAGCCAUCUAAAGUCAGGACAUUGACAUGGGGUUUUGUGUAAUUAACUGAAUAAUUCCCUUCCACUGCCCUCUUCCCCUUGGCUGUGUAGAUAAAACUAUGUGCUCAAAUGAUGGUACUUUGAGGUUUUCUUUCUUUUAUUCACAAGAUAAUCCUUAUUUAUUUGUGUUGUGUGUAUAACCCCUAGCGGGAUAUCUGGCUGCUGAAAUUAUCUGCUCUGGGCCAAGAAGACCAAGGCUGGAGGGGUGUCUUUACUGUCUUAUGGGAUUCACGGAAUCAUCUGGGGCUUAGGUGGUACAUUGGGGAUCUAGUCUUGUGAAGUGCUUAGGAUGACCUUAAAGGUUCCUUAGCUAGAAGGUGUUCCUGAAGAGGUAGAAUCUGACAUCCUGCUUCGCUCUCAUGUUGUGCCCAACAUGGCGAAGUGAGCAA